UCUUUAUGUUCUCUUUAUUCUCUUUUUCCAUGUCUGUUUUCUGUCUAUGUUCCUUAUUUUUAACAGUUUAAGUUCAUUUGUAUCAGUUUUAGGUGAAACUGAAAAGAGCUAAAAGUGAACUAUUGAGUUGAAAUGUGUCCUCUGUGUUGGCUGAUGAACAUAUGGGACACUCUGACACUUGUGUAUAGAGUGGUAUCCUAAUGAAGAUGUGUUUGAUGUGACAGGUGAUUGGCAGGAGGAGGAGAGUCUGACGGAGGAGCAGAGGAAUGUUGGCAGCCAUUUAGUCUGAGCUCAACAACGGAGGAAACAUGGAUUCUUCACAAAAAAAAUGUAAACACAGCAAUGGAGUGAGAUGUCGGACCUCUGAGGAGGAUAAGGAUGGUUCAGCAACAACGGCAAAAAGAGAUGAAUCACUGAGUUGUGAGCAAUGUGACAAGACUUUUAUUACAGCAACAAAGCUAAGAAUUCACAAACAUAUUCACACUGUGGAUAAACCAUUCAGCUGUGAUCAGUGUGGAAAGGCUUUUACUCAGAAGAGUGACUUAAAAAGCCAUCAACUCAUUCACAGUGGAGUUAAACCAUUCAACUGUGAUCAGUGUGGAAAGGCUUUUACUCGGAAGAGUCAGUUAAAAAGACAUCAGCUCAUUCACAGUGGAGUGAAAUUGUUCAGUUGUAAUCAGUGUGGUAAGGCUUUUACUCGGAAGACUCAUUUAAAAAGCCAUCAACUCAUUCACAGUGGAGUUAAACCAUUCAGCUGUGAUCAGUGUGGAAAGGCUUUUACUCACAAGAGUCAGUUAAAAAGCCAUCAACUCAUUCACAGUGGAGUUAAACCAUUCAGUUGUAAUCAGUGUGGUAAGGCUUUUACUCGGAAGACUCAUUUAAAAAGCCAUCAACUCAUUCACAGUGGAGUUAAACCAUUCAGCUGUGAUCAGUGUGGAAAGGCUUUUACUCACAAGAGUCAGUUAAAAAGCCAUCAACUCAUUCACAGUGGAGUUAAACCAUUCAACUGUGAUCAGUGUGGAAAGGCUUUUACUCGGAAGAGUCAGUUAAAAAGACAUCAGCUCAUUCACAGUGGAGUGAAAUUGUUCAGUUGUAAUCAGUGUGGUAAGGCUUUUACUCGGAAGACUCAUUCAAAAAGCCAUCAACUCAUUCACAGUGGAGUUAAACCAUUCAGCUGUGAUCAGUGUGGAAAGGCUUUUACUAAGAAGAGUGACUUAAAAAGACAUCAACUCAUUCACAGUGGAGUUAAACCAUUCACCUGUGAUCAGUGUGGAAAGGCUUUUACUCGGAAGACUCAUUCAAAAAGCCAUCAACUCAUUCACAGUGCAGUGAAACCAUUCAGCUGUGCUCAGUGUGGAAAGGCUUUUACUCAGAAGAGUCAGUUAAAAAGCCAUCAACUCAUUCACAGUGGAGUGAAAUUGUUCAGCUGUAAUCAGUGUGGUAAGGCUUUUACUCGGAAGACACAUUUAAAAAGCCAUCAACUCAUUCACAGUGGAGUGAAACCAUUCAACUGUGAUCAGUGUGUGAAAACCUUUACUCAGCAUGAACAGUUGUUGAUCCAUCAAUGCCCCCAUUCUGGUAGAAAGCGGUACCACUGUGACUCCUGUGAAAAAACUUUCAAGCACCAAAAGAGCUUAAAAUGUCACCAACGCAUCCACACUGGACAUGAUGUGUACCGAUGUGAUCACUGUGGUGAACCAUUUGUAUUGUACUCACAGUUAAAAGCUCAUGAAGUGACCCACACUGGGGUUAAACCAUACCUUUGUGACCAGUGUGGGAAACGCUACAGCUACAUUGCAAACCUCAAAGUUCACCAACGUGUCCACACUGGGGAGAGACCAUACAGAUGUGAUGAGUGUAAGAAGACUUUUACAACUUUGUAUUCCCUGAAACAACACCAGCAGAUCCACACCAGAAAGAAAGCAUUCAAUCAGUGUCACAGUGAGAAUGGAACAGAUGGACAAAAGUCUCAGACUUGUCAGCACUCUGCCAAUGGUGAACAGUGCUGCUUUGACCAGUCUGGACCAACGUCCAACCAACAAGGAACCCGACAACGACACCAGCGUAUGCACACUGGACACAGACUGAACCCCUGCCAAGAAGAUUUCUCCAUGCAGGGUUCAGUAAAAGUUCAUGAAGUCCUCCACAAACUUAAAGUCCUUGAGAUCCGGCUUCACAGAAUUCAGGUCUAAUUUCUUGUUUAGUGUCUUCGUUGCUUCGUUGCAAAAUCCAUUAAGAGGAAAGCUGUCAUUAACAGAUGUGACUGGUAAAUUAAUUAAACCAUUCAAAGUGGUUACUCAGUUAAAUGAAUUAUCAGUGGUAGAGGGAUAGACGUCUGGAUGGAGGCAGUGAGCAGCAGGGCGAAUUUCCUCAAUUACCACCUUAAUGGUUCCUGAGAUCCCUCUGGGCUGCAGGAACCCGUUAGAUGCAGAGCUGGUUCAGUGAUUCUCUGAUGAUUAAGCAUAAUUAAUUGAGGAGAUUACUGGCCUUAGGAUUCCUGUCUGUCCGUCUGUAAAUUUAAAAACAUGAAGUGUUCUAUGAAAAGUCCAAUCUUUGAAAGCUGACAUGUAGUUCAGAAUCAUUUCUUUGUAAAUUAGCUGCAUCCAGUCAUUACCAUGACAUUGGCAGUGAUUCUCUGAUGGUUAAUCAUAAUUAAUUUAGGAGAUUACUGGCCUUAGGAUAUCUAUCUAUCUAUCUAUCUAUCUAUCUAUCUAUCUAUCUAUCUAUCUAUCUAUCUAUCUAUCUAUCUAUCUAUCUAUCUAUCUAUCUAUCUAUCUAUCUAUCUAUCCAAACUUUCUCAGCUACAACAUCUGCACCUCUGCUGCUGUGUGAAGUAGUCAUUACAGGAGAGAAAGUGUAGAAAAUCUGACAGAUUUUGUCAAGUGGUCCAGAAAAAUCUGACUACCCCUACAACUUCUCUCCUGUAAUGAUAGUAAUAAGUAAUACAUAGGUGAUACUUCACACAGCAGUAGCAGAGGUGCAGAUGUUGUAGCUGAGAAAGUUUGGAGGUUGCCACUUCUUGCAUUCCAAGAAUAGUAGGGGAGUCAGAUUUUGUCAAGUGGCCCAGAAAAAUCUGACUCCAGAUUUUAUUUCAUAUCAUACAAUCUGCACUUUUAACUCAACCUGCAUAUUUCUGUUAAAGUCCUAGUUUUGAAAUGGUCUCUCUGUUCUUAAUCUGCCAUACUGUGAUCAUUUAGCCCCUUAUUUUAUUAUUCUGUUCUUACAGACUGUAAUUUACGAGUUUUUUUUUAAACUUGUUGUGAUUUGGUGUUUUAGCUGUUGUAGCAAAUAAUUUCCCAGGUGUGUGAUAAAUAAAGAAUUUCAAUUUUAUUAUAUUGUUAACUGGCCCAAUAAAAAUAACAACAAUAACAAAUUACUACGAUACUAAAACUAGAACUAUACUUAUAUUAAAGACUUUAUACAUAAAUACCAGACAUAUUUUGAUGCCAUAUCUUGCAUUCUUAGGGGAGUCCGAUUUUAAGUAAGGAGAUAUAAAGUUUUCUCAGUGAACAAUUAUUUUAAUGACACGUGUAGAACACUGAUGGAAUGUGAACAAUAUUUGGCGACUACACCCUGUCCUGUCCUGAUGUCCUCAUAGGAGUGAAGCUGAGAGUAGCGUAGAAUCUCCCCGAUGCCAUUUAGGGUGCGCACAUACGGAUGAGAAGAGGAGGAGAAACAUGUCACCUAAUCAUAUUUAACAGGAAAACAUGUCUGCAGGUCAGCACUUAGUCACAUUUAACCCAAAAACAACAGCAAAAGCAGUAAACGUACAACAGAAAAACCUGUCAAGUGGCCACAGAGUGAAAAGUAAGUCGCACGCGUUCACGCGAAGGGGGAGUCAGAUUUUUCCGGGGAGUGUGAAAAUUGCACAACACCUGGGUUAGUCUGAAUCCUUUUUUCUGAUUGGCUGAGACGAGACACGUGACAGUGUGCAUCUAUUAAUGAUCGGAAGCAUUCAGGUCGUUCCGGUUAUACUCGGUAGCGCUCUUCAGUAAAGGAGACGCAGUUUGUUAUUUUCUUUGAUUAUCGCUCGGCAAAUUACAAAAAAGUUGCGAGUUAACCCUUUUUCCACAUUUAUUAGGCAAAAUUAGCUUCGCCACCGUGGCUAAACAUGCUAAAAAUGGCUUUGCCAUCCUGAGGAAGGCUUCGCCUAUGGAGAAGUGGAGAAUGGCUAGCACAAGCACAGAGACACCCUGAAAAUUUGACACAAUCUUAAAUAUUAUUAUGAAAUAUUUGUUGAAAAGUCUUUUUCGUGUGUUUCUAAGGGUGUGGCUGCAUCAGAAAGACACAAAUACAAAUGAUUUUUUUUUGGUUGUUUACAAGAAAUAUUUUAUGGAACCAUUCAAUUUUCAGUUUUAAUGUCUUUUUUUAGGAUGUGUUUAGUUUUAUGAUUGUACUAAAAUAAAUGACUCUUGAAGACCUCAAA